UGUUCAGACUUACAAGUAAACAAACUCUCAAUUUGCAGUGUUUGCCAAAUACUGCGGGAGUACAUUUAACUGUUAAUGUAACUUAAUGUUUUUACUUUUGUCUUUCAUUGAUGCGAACACGUUAACCGCUUGGAUUGUGACAUAAAGCAGAAUUUACAGCGUUGGCACAUACGAAGCUUGAAGUAAAGCAGUGUAUCUUCUAAAUCAUGCAUGUCUGCGAGAUGGACAUUUUCUUGGGUAUUUGAGGAUAGAUCGUCCUUAGCCAGAUGGAAUUAGUGUCUUCAAUAUUCCUGUCCAUCAUAAAGCAUGUCUAAGAAACACGUUGGAGUAUUCGGUACCUGGGACCUGAACUUUUGGACACCACCCGAGGAGGUUUUCAGGAGGAAACUGGAGAAGAACCCGAUCCAUCCUUUCUCAGAGACCUCUCCCGAUCACUUCGAGGUGUCUCUUCGUUCACCGUGGCUGUGGGUCUCCUCUGUCUGUUUGCUGGCGACUUUCUUCGGCACGGUGGGCUACUACGUAACUAACCCUGUGGAUCAGUUUCUGACGUACUUCGUCAUGGCUUUCAUGGUAUGCCUCUACGCCACGUUCGUCUACUCUGACGUCCGGCGCAUUGUCCUAGACAUGACCCGAAACGAGUACGAAUUCCACACGGGCAACCGACUGGUAUACCGCGGCCACGUUCACAAUGUCUACAUCAGAUUAGUUGGUCAGAAGAGUGGGACCGGUGACACCUAUUACAAGAUUGUUCUGAACGGUUUUCAUGUGGAGGAGCAAGCCCUGACAUCCUCCAGUAUCCGGAGGCACAAGCUGGAGAAGCUUGGUCGCAAACUGGCAGCCAGGUUGAACCUGAACUAUUUCGACUUCGUGGACGAGUCGGUGAAGCAUGUAGUGCGACACCGCUGCCCGUACGCGUCGCCGGAAGAGUCGGUCGAGAGUCUCUCUCAUAUCGCCUAGGAUGGAAUGACAGCCUUCUGUUUCCUCUCUUUUUUCGUAAUGUCCUCAUCAAGAAUCUAUGCCUUGUUUGAAUGUCUCUGUGCGAUGAACUGCUUGCAGGUAAACGGUUUUCAGUCAUCUAGAAACAGCUUGAGAAAGCGGCUUAAAACAGAAAUCAGAGAUUGUCUGGAAGGCUUACACAACUCACCAACAGGACACUACCGUUUAUGGGGUAAUUCGGCAAGAAGAAUUAGGAGCCAUCUCUACGGUGAAACUAUACGCGCGUGGACAUGUGGUACAAGUGUAUUAGGCCUACACGCAUGCCUUCUCGACCAAUAGACCCCUUCCACUUGGUACUUGGUGACCAUUCUUCGUAUGGCAUGGAACCACUGAAAAACCGUGAACUGCAAUCCCUAAAUAGGGUGUCGUGAUUUGGCAAAUGUAGGUCUGCACGAAUGAAGUGCCACCGAAAGAAACCGAAUUUUGCAGUUUAUUUUACCUUUAUAAUUACAGGAUUUGGGUUUCACUACAUGCAUUAUUAACUCAUAGUUUUUAUCGCCACAAGGGUUAAAAAUUCUAGUUAAAGAAAGUAAAAAAAGGGCGAAAGAAAAAUGGAGCCGAUUAAAAACCUUUUAAAGCCUAUUGUAAUCUUUGAGGGUUAGGAUCCAAACGUGUAAGUUUGUAACGUGAAGCGGCUUUUCGUGUUUAUGCAAAGCAGAUACUAUUAACAUAUAAAAGUGAAAUGUUUAUUUAUCCUGAUAGGGCAGUGUGAAUUAAUUUUGCUUAAAUUAAAGAAUAUGUUCCGAUGUGCUUCACGGGAUACGAUAAAUGUUCGUGGCAUUGUGUAUGAAAUUUAACAGGUUCAACAUUCAAAGGAUAUUGUAAAAUGUCUUUUUACCUUUAACUACAAAGCCUGAAAUCUUCAAGCGCAUAGAUAGCAGUAAUUGAAAAAAAAUGAAACUUUAAUAUCGACUUUUUAUUUGUAAUUAAGCUUACACUUUGUGUGCAAACGUGCAAAAACGGUAUACUCAUACUAAACAGGAUUUCCUUCAUUCGUGCCGUUCCCUUAGUUGCUUUUUCCUGUCUUCGACGUUUUGUUACUUUACUGUGUAAAUGUCAUUAUUAUUUCACAUCAAUCCGUCAGAAUGUACCACCAUUGAUGUUUACCUCUAAAAGAUCACUCGUAAAGCACCCGCCGUCGUAUAGUCGCCCAACAACCCGUAAAUUGCUUGGACUGCGUGCCACCGGCUCAGGGCAAUCAACUUUCCGCAAAUUGACGGUUACUUUAUAUACAUAACAGCAAUCGCUCAGUCCAUGAAUCAUCGGUGAGAGAAUUUAACUCCGUAAUUAUUAACACAGGAAAUGUCGAUCGGGAAGUGUCAUCAGUUUUCCCUUUGACUCUCUUUGAAAAUCCAUUACGUGCUUAAGUUAUGUUGAUGCCUAAAAAUUUGGAAAUGGUUGUAAUCAAUUUCCGGACAGAAUUCCGAAAAAAGAUAGUCUUGUUGAUCUUCAACAAUGUGCUUCAAUUCUGGGCACCUCCAUCAUUCCUUUCUUCCUAACAUAAAACUUGUCAGGUUUAUUUUGGAAGUGAGAAUUUGUCAAAAAAGUAAGAUUAAGGAGAAUGACAUUGAAUCGUCGUUGCACAAAAUAAAAACUCGAUCUAUAAGACAAAAAAAAUCGUUGUGUUAGUCAGCGGAAUAUGCUCCGUGUUUGUUUUCUUUUUACUCAGGUUUCGAGACACAUAAUCUGAACGUAUGAUAUCUCACCUAUAUCAGCUUGUUCUAUAUCGCACCUUCUCCGUAAUAGCGACAUUAUAGGUAUUAUACACCGUAGAAGUGAGGCUGAACCCCGAGAAAAUAGUUGUGCAUUGUUGUGUCCACUAGAUUGCGAUAUCCGUCUACGUUUGAAGCAUCGAAGUUCCCAAGGGAGUUGUCAGUGCGAUAUGUGUUAACUUGUCAUGUAAACUUCGAUGGAUAUUUGCCUUGAUUGCAUUCAUUCAUUUGAGGUAUCAUAAAAUGUACAGUAUGCCUGGAAAAAGCUUCUCAACGUACCUCUUUACACGAGUCACAAAAUGUGUUCUUUAUCCUUCUGUCAACUGAACGAAUAUUAUAGUAUAUUCCGAGACAUACAUCGAAGCAAAGGCUUGUCAUGCUGACAAGAUCGAACUUGUUCUGUUGAGUAUCUGUAGCCACAAGAAUCCACUUGUUUUCCGUGCUUUUCGAGAGCUUGUGGGAAACAGCGUUUGCUUCGAUGGGAUUCGAUGAUGUCCUCGCCUUUUUCCACUCGACCAACGAGUUUGUCGGGGUUGGAGAGCUUCUUCGGAUCGAUACAGCGGUGGUCACUGCAGUCAACA